CUUGUUCUUGUGUGCAAGAGUUGUAUGAUCCGCUGCUUCCCCGUAUGUAUACAGAUGUGUCUACAUGUGUGUAUAUAUAUAUAUAUAAUUUAUAGCGUGUUUUCGCUUAGCUUGGUGGCCCCGCAGCGUGUUGGCGGAAAUCAUUGCGUGGGACAGAUAAGAUCUUUCGUCAACCGCAGCUUCGAACGAUGUGAGAUUGCCUCCGGCCAGGAUUAUUACGAUGGCCCUACAUGUUCAAUCCACUGUAAAACAAUCGAAGCAGCACUUUGUAUGAGUGUGCACACUCCGGUGCUGAGAAAGUUCGCGUGGAGCUGCUUGCAGUUCUCUGACCGCGAUGGCAAUUCCAGCCAGAGAACCCUGGUAGCCAGAGAUUUCCAGAUUUGAUUAAGUGCAUGGUCAGGAGGAAUCGCCGAACACACUCCAGCAAACCCUGAGGAGGCACACAUAGUUCGGUUUGUGCCGCAGGAAAUGAGGUCGAUAAACGCUGACCUGAUACGAGCUGGCAUUAGAAGGUGAUUGCGCAAGACCCUUCCCAUGCUUCGAUCCAAAGUUGGUGUUCGGCGAAGGUUAAGUGACAGCGUGAUCAUACUGGCGCGACUGUUAGUUUGGAAGUUACAGCUUCAAAGUGUAAUGCCGAUUCCGCAGCAUCAGUGUGUACACAUGUAGGUUUGUCAAAAUCUUACGCGUUGCACCCGUACAACAUUGUUGUCCUAUGCAGAUGUUUGCACGUAUGGUGAUGCCCACAGGCUCAUCAUGCGUCCACGUGUGUGUGUGUGUGUGCAUGGCAAUGUUUCUACGUGUGUACAUCGGUAUGUUAUUGCGACAGUUCAACUCGAUUCGACGAUAACGCGCUUCAGAGCGAACGCGCCGAGGUUGGACCCAUCAGUCUUAUCCGCUUGCCGAUGCUCUUCCAGGCCGCGCUGAGGGAGGCCCGGGACCGGCUGAGCUCCUUGCUGGCGCCGGCCGUGCCGAGGGAGGCGCCCAGGCAGCGGCCAGAGGACUUCGUGGACUCACCCAAUUUGGCGGCGGACCUGUCCGCCAUGCUCUUCGUGCUGGUUGUGUGCGUGACGUACGCCACGGUCGCGCCCCUCAUGAUGUUGGCGGGGCUCAUCUUCUUUGUCGUGAGGUGGCAGGUGCUCGCCGUGAGGUACCUUUAUGUUCACGUGCCCCGAUUCGACAGCGGUGGUGCAUUCUGGUACCUCCUGUGGAACCAGGCGCUGCUGGCGCUAUUGCUGGGGAAUUUGACUACGGUCGCAGUUGUGGCCUCGAAGGCUGGGUACGGACAACUUCCGUUUCUACUGCCUUUGUUGGUGCUACCUUUAGCAUUCAAGAUGCGGGCGGAGUACCGAUUCCUAGAGGCAUCCCGCCGAUUGUCGCUCACAGCUGCCAGGCAGCUGGACGCCAACGACCCGCGACUCUCGGAGCACUUCGUGUCAGACGCCUACUGGCACCCCGCGCUGCGCUUCUCCGAGGCGCAGCCUGCACACGCCGACCCGUGGGCAGGAGGCGGACACAUGCCCCUGGACGCGGUGGAAGAGAGCUGGAAUAUGGAGGCCACCACCCCUGCGCGCGGCGUCACGAUGGAGGCUUGUUAUCCUGCUGAUCCAGGGAAAUGAGGGCGAGCUUACCAUGUUGGAGAUGGCCGGCGCAUGCGCAAAACAAAUUCCCAAGCUAUCGUAUUCGACAACAGAGGGUUAUGAGGAGAGCGUGCGGGAAGGCAUGAUAGAAAGCCCGUGUCGACAACACCAGCAUCGUAACAAUAGAUGGCUUCGAGGUACCAUCGGUGUGUGGCGGUAGUCCAGGAACGGAUCCAAUUGUAGCCCACCUCUUGCAGUUGCUGCAGUUUCGCUUCAUCAUACGUCAUACAUUGGUUAUGCAAUGUAGGUGCACGUGCGGUUGGUAUUAAGGACCACUUUGCUUGAACAGCAAACUGGUAAUACUCAUGCUGGUUGGUUCUAGUUUGUACAAGUUCGUUUGCCAGGAGUGAUGAUUGCACAUGAUGGAUCAGGAUUCGUUUGUGCGAUUGUCAUCUUGGUGAUGUUCGGCCUGUCGUGUGAGUCUUGAGUCAAGCAUGUCUGCGAUUUGUUUCUGAAUUUCGGGCUGCUGUGUUGCCCCUUGUUGCAAGUGGUUGU